UCUUUCUCUCCCUCCCUUUUUCGCUUCAUCGCCGCCUAUAAGCCUUCGUCUCUUAUAUUCCGCCCCUUGAUAAGAUCCUACUCAUGGCUUCUCCCCGUCCUCCGCACAACUUCGGUCCGCAAGGCUAUCCUCUCCCCAACGGUGCUACUGGUCCCGUACCUGGCGCCACCCCUCUUCUGCCAAACAACGGCCGAGUCAUUCAGAACGGCCCCGUCAGAGUCCUGUGCAUUGCAGAUGUUCGAGGUAAUCUGAAGUCUCUGAAUGAGCUGGCCAAACAGGCCCGUGCAGAUCAUAUCAUCCACACCGGUGAUUUUGGUUUCUAUGAUGACACAUCGUUGGAUCGGAUCGCCGAAAAGACCCUUAAGCAUGUGGCCCAAUACUCUCCCCUGCUUCCUGAAAACGUGAAGCGGGCCAUCGCACAAACUCCUCCCCAGCAAUCCAUUAAGCAACGAUUCCCCCCCGAUCAGCUACCCCUCUCCGAGCUUUCUAUGCUGCUCGACAAGCGGCUCACACUUGAUGUCCCUGUAUACACCGUUUGGGGUGCCUGUGAAGAUGUUAGGGUGCUGGAGAAGUUUCGUUCUGGAGAGUACAAGGUGAAUAACCUUCAUAUUAUCGACGAGGCCAACUCUCGCCUACUGGAUAUAGGUGGUGUCAAGCUUCGUCUGCUCGGAUUGGGAGGUGCAGUGGUUAUGCACAAGCUGUUUGAUAACGGCGAGGGCAAGACCACUAUUGCCGGUGGCCUAGGCACCAUGUGGACUACUUUGCUGCAAAUGGGUGAGCUGAUUGACACAGCGAAUCGUGUGUACGACCCAUCGGAAACUCGUAUCUUCGUCACUCAUGCGUCACCCGCGCGUGAGGGAAUGCUUAACCAGCUAUCUGUGACCCUGAAGGCUGAUUUCUCGGUUUCUGCCGGUUUACAUUUCCGCUACGGCUCCUCCUACAAUGAAUUCUCCGUGAAUCCCUCAUUGGACCACUACCGAGGCAAGCUAGCCGCAUCGAAGGCUUCCUUCAACGAUGUUUGGGAGACGGUGCGCGGUGAGGUCGAGGCUGCAAUUGCCUCUAACGAAGCCCAGAAGACGCUCUUGGAUAAUGCUCUCGAUGUAGUGCAGAAGAUGCCUACUAUCGCUAACGGUGGGAACCCGUUCGGCGGACCUACUGGCCCCGGAAACGCAGCUGGUCAGGUCGAUGAAAGUGCUUUCAAGAAUAUGUGGAACUUCAACCUUGCAGAUGCAGCAUUUGGUUUCCUGGUCCUUGAGAUCGAGGCCGGCCGUAUCGCGACGGAAAUGCGCGCCCAGGGUUUCAACUUCGCACACCGCGGCGGUAAGCCUCCUGUGCCUGCCGUUGCUGGACAGCCCAAUCCUCCUGUGCCUACCGGUACCCCUGGUGUGGCCUCCCCGGCAGCCCGCCCCGCUGUUCCUCAGUUUGGCCAGGCCCAGCCUGUUGCCGGACGUCCUGGCGCCCCUCAACAGCCGCAGCCUCAACCUCAGCAGGGACAGGCCAAGCUCCCGCCGCAGCUCCCACUCGCACUUCCCCAGUUCCCGUUAUUCCCAAGCCUGCA